UAUCUUUAUCGCCAAAUAAGACAUCUUUUUUAUUUUUAAAUUUAUUUUUAAAUUUGUUUUCAAGCAUUAAUAUUUAUAGUGAUUGAAAAUAAUUCAUUAAUUUUAGAAAAACAAGUUUUGAAAGACUGAUUCUGAUAUGCUGGAAUACUUGAAUUCGAAACUAAUUUUCGGAACAGUGUUGUGCUUAGCUAUAGGUAUCUUUUUAUUGGAUUCACAUGUGGAUGCUUCAACUAUAAAAUCUAGAGGCAGCUCUGAAGAGCGUUCCGAAGAAAGUAAUAAUAUUAUAGAAUGGACCAGAGAUUGGGAUUGGAACAGAGACCGAGGCAUGGAUAAACAGAAGAACUUUAAAUGUCCAUCGUUACACGGUAGGUUCGCCGAUAUUGAAGAUUGCUCAGCAUACUUCGAGUGUAGAGAUUGGAAUUCCAUGUGGAAACCCUGUCAAAGAAGGAAACGUUUUGAUAGGUACAGAAAAGUAUGUCUUCCAUUCGAUAUUGCCGUAUGUGAUGACGGAAGUGAUCACAAAAAGACGACGAAUGGGGUAAUUGGAACCACAACUCCUAAAGAUGAUUCAUUCACGUGUCCAAAAUUCUUGGGAUAUUUUCCUCAUCCAAGUGACUGUUCCAAAUACUACCACUGCAUCUCCUUUUCUCCAAGUUUGAAAACGUGUCCAAAGAAUUUUCUCUUUGACGGAGUCAAGGGACAUUGCAGAAGUGAGAGAUAUGUGAACUGUGGAUCAAGGAAAAGACCAACAAGUGAAACUACAGUCGGUACUACUCCUAUACCAACAACACCAGAACCUACUACAACUACCUGCACCCCACCAACCACUCCACAGCCAACCACCACCCCGCCCACCACUACACAGCCAACUACCACCCCGCCCACCACUACACAACCAACCACCACCCCAACUACCACUACACAGCCAACCACUACCCCGCCCACCACUACACAGCCAACCACCACCCCGCCGACCACUACACAACCAACCACCACCCCACCUACCACUUCACAACCUACCACCACUCCACCUACAACUCCACAACCAACAACCACUCCACCCACCACUACACAGCCUACCACCACCCCACCUACAACUCCACAGCCAACAACCACUCCACCUACAACUCCACAGCCAACAACCACCCCACCUACCACUUCACAGCCUACCACCAUCCCACCUACAACUCCACAGCCAUCCACUCCAACUCCAAAACCAACUGAGCCACCUGAAACAGAUUGUGAUGAGGAUGAUUUGGAAUGCAUCAUUAAAGAAACUGGAGAUAUUACUGUAUGGUUUAAAUGCCCAGAAGCAAUUGGAGCCUAUCGCCAUCCAAGUAGCAAUAGACUCUUCAUUUUCUGUAAGAAUUGGAAGCCAUUUGUGAAGAAGUGUGGGCAGAUGUUAGUGUAUUCUGAACAAAUGAGAACUUGCGUUAAUGAGAACUUGCAUAAGAUGAAGAAGAAGAAAAUUUUUAUUUUAUUUUAAUUUCAACGUAAUACUUGGUUUUUUGGUUCAUAGUUAUGUAAGAGGAAUCAAAGAUACUGCUCUUUAAAUAAAUCUUAAUAUAAUAAAUGUUUAUUACGAAAUUAUUUGCUGCAGAAUUCAAUAUCUAUGCUGUACUAAUAAAUGAAAGUUUGUGCGACUAUCUUUGUGUUUCACUCAUAGCUCUCCU